AUGGACUUGAUACCUGUCGAAAGUACAGAAGUUACGGAUUCUUUCGACCUAAUUUCUCCUGCGGAAACCGAACAAGUACCUCGAAAUGCACCUCAGGAAGUGAGCCUGAUACCAAUUGAAAGCGUUGAGCUUUCGGAAACUGUGAAUGAGUUGCCUCCAGCAGAAAGUGAGCAGGUGCAGCAAAAUGUGCCACAAGAAGUUGACUUGAUACCGAUUGAAAGUGAAGAAUUAACCGAAUCCGUCACUGAGAUGCCUCCAGCGCAAUCCGAAGAGAUACCCCAGAAUUUGCCACAGGAGAUGGAACUUAUACCUAUCGAAAGCGAGCAGCGUACGGAUUCGCUUACCGAGUUACCUCCGGCUGAGUCUGAACAAGUACCGCAAAACUUGCCACAAGAAAUAAACCUCAUACCUAUCGAAAGCGAGCAACGCACCGACUCUCUUACCGAGAUGCCUCCGGCAGAAUCCGAACAAGUUCCGCAGAACUUGCCGCAAGAAAUAAAUCUCAUACCUAUCGAAAGCGAGCAACGUACGGACUCGCUUACCGAGAUACCUCCGGCUGAGUCUGAACAGGUGCCCAUGCAAACUGCACAGGAGGCGGAAAUGAUACCAACCGAAAGCGAAGAAGUUCGGAUAGUUGUCAAUGAACUGCCUCCUGCAGAAUCCGUCCAAGUAACUCCAGUUGAAGCUCAAAACAUUGACCUAAUACCGGUUGAUAGUCAAGAAUUACGCGAAACCAUCGAUGAGCAAGCUCCAGCUGCGUCGGUAGAGAUACCUCCUGUGGAUCCUCAAGUCGCAGAGCUUAUACCAGCUGAGAGCGUAGAGAUUCGCGAGACCAUCGAUGAACUCUCUCCGGCAGAAAUUGUAGAAUUACAACCAGCGGAGGCUCAGAAUGUAGAUCUGAUUCCUAUCGAAUUCGAACAAUUAGUCGAUUCUAUAAAUGAGUUUGCUCCAGCAGUAAGCGAGCAUAUCUCUGCGAAAGAACCGCAGGAAAUUGAUCUAAUACCUAUCGAAGUUGAAGUGAUACACGACAUUUUACAAGAAUACAUCGAACCAGCACUAGAGGUGGAGAAGCCAGAAAGGGGUCAGUCUGAGCUGAUACCCAUUGAAGAAGAGCAUGUCCGCAGUGAAUAUAGCGAAUAUGCGCCAAUUGCAUCGGAAGAGCUGCCUCAAAGAUACUUGGAAACGGCGGAACCGAUACCCAUCGAGGAAGACGUAGUCCACGAUCGAAGCGCAACAAUUACAACAGAAUCUGAGAGAGUACGGAUAUCAGGAGUGGAAGGAUCCAAACUGAUCCCGAUAGAGGUGGCAUAA